UUUGGAAGCCAUGGAGGCAAAGCUUAUGCAUGCGGUCCAGUACAAAAGCUAUGGUGGAGGACCUUCUGGUUUAAAGCAUGAUGAGAUUCCAAUCCCCACUCCGAAGAAAGACGAGGUUUUGCUGAAAGUGGAAGCAGCAAGUCUAAAUCCAGGUGAUUUUAAAAUUCAGAAAGGCAUGGCACGGCCUUUUCUCCCAAGCAAAUUACCUCACACGCCUGUUACUGAUGUGGCUGGAGAGAUUGUAGAGGUUGGACAAGGAGUUCAAAAGUUCAAAGUUGGUGACAAAGUUGUGGCCUUACUUACUUACAGUAAUGGAGGUGGGCUGGCUGAGUUUGCUGCAGCUAAAGAGAAAUCAGUAGUUUCUCGGCCACCUGAAGUUUCAGCAGCUGAAGGUGCAGGCUUGCCUGUUGCUGGUCUCUCAGCUCACCAGGCUCUCACCAAAGCCGCAGGGAUCAAGCUUGAUGGAACUGGCCAGCUCAAGAACAUACUGAUCACUGGUGCCGCCGGCGGUGUUGGUCUCUAUGCAGUCCAACUAGCAAAGCUUGGAAACAUUCAUGUAACAGCCACUUGUGGAGCUAGAAACAUUGAAUUGGUGAAGAGCUUAGGGGCAGAUGAGGUUCUUGACUACAAGACAACUGAGGGGGAAGCUCUUAAGAGCCCGUCGGGUCGAAAAUAUGAUUUCGUGAUCCACAGUGCAUCCGCAGCCAUACCUUGGUCAGUUUUUGAACCAAAUUUGAGUGCAAGAGGGAAGGUCAUUGACCUUACUCCUCGUGCAAGUUCCUUGUUUACUUUUCUUCUAAAGAAAAUCACUUUCUCCAAGAAGAGGCUGGUGCCACUGAUGAUAAAUGCCAAGGCUGAGAACUUGGAUUGUCUUGUUCAGUUGGUGAAGGAAGGAAAACUCAAGACUGUGAUUGAUUCAAACCAUUCUCUAAGCAAGGCUGAAGAUGCUUGGGCUAAGAGAAUCAAUAGCCAAUGCACUGGGAAGAUCAUUGUGGAGCCUUAGGUAGGCAAAAUAUCUCGGGAGUUUAAACCUCAUGAUUUUUUUUUUUGGGAUUGUAUUAAAAUUCAUGUGAAGCAGAAUAAGGGUGUUAAUAUAAUAAUAUGUGGACUUUUUGGUUUUAUUCAUGAUUGGAUAUCGUAAAUGAGAAGAU